AUGGACACUUAUGGCGGCAGCGAGUCCUCAUACGGCCCGGAGCCACUCCCUGCUUUUGAUGCGCUGCUGUUCGACGAUGUCGGCGACGAAUAUGCUAAUGAGAACUUCCAGGCCAACCUCGACCCCGGGUACAACAUGGAAACGCUGCACUUCAACACCCCGCAAGAGGUUGUGCAAGAAGAAGUCUCCCUCCCGCAGCACCCCGAUGGCUAUCUUUCCUCCUUCAAUCUCUGGUACGACAUUGCCAGUGGCCCGGAUGGGGGCGCACACUACCUCAGGCAGAUUCGCUGGCACCAUCCGCGACCUGCUCCUGCUAUCGUACCCCAAUGGCCAGCAGCAGCCGUCGCACAGCAGGCGCUCGCUGACGACCCAGAUGGCUACAACCCAACCCUAAAGGUGUGGUACAACUUGGCUGUCGCAGAAGCGCCCGGUGCGGACUUCUACAGGGAGAUUGGUUGGUACACUGUUGUGCCUGCUCCCGAUGGCAUGCCUCAAGAAGCCAGCACUCCCAUCGUCGCACCUCUCAGGCCUCAAAUCCCUGUCUACAGGGCAGCUCCUCGAAUCUCUACACCUCGACCCCGAGUCGCCAAAGGCCGCAACCCAAAGAAGAACAGCAUCAUUCAAAAGUGUAUCUGUAGGCCCCAAUACAGCACUGUUGAUGUUCCUCGCCCUCCAAAUCAGUACAUCUGCUUCCGUGUUCAGGAGAGCACGAAGCUUCAGCGUGAAUACAUUCGCGAUGGCGGGCAGAAGCUCAGACACGACCAGAUCUCCAAAAUCCUUGGCGCGAAAUGGAACGCAAUGAGUGACGUGGAGAGGGCUCCCUACAAAGCCCAAGCUGACCGUCUCGCAGCGGAGCACAAACUCAAGUACCCUGGCUGGAGCUUCAAGCCAGGUCAGAAAGCUGCCCAUCAGUUCGGUUCCAUGAGCUGUACUUGUGGUGCUUACCAGAUCAACGUGACUGCACGCGAGAGGCGAGCUCAGCUCGGCGAGGAGGAGCCUCCGAUGAAGAAGAAGGGUCGUGGUCCAGGUAGGAAGUUCGCCGACAUGGAGCCUGAGUUUCUCCCUGAGUACAACCCGGCACCGACGCCAACACUUCGCAAGCGCAAGCAACGUGAUGAGGAGUAUGAUUACGAGCAGCCUACACCUAAGCGCUCUACUCGCAACAAGACCCCAGUCCGCUCCUACAACGAGGAUGAUGACGAGAGCGAGGACUCCCUCUUCAUGCCCAUGGGCGAUGAGGGAAUGGAGGAUGCCCCAGCUGAAGACGAUGACUACGUUGUCGCUCCAGUUCUCACCCUCCCAGCAAAGGGUCGACGUUCGCCACCGGCGCCCAUCAUGACUAUGCCUGCAUCGCCGCCAUUGACACGCAGUGCAACGAGGGUGCCUACUCCACGGCCCAGCUCCGCUGAUUUUGAGGCUCUCUACAAUGACGUGAUUGACUACUCUCAGGCUUUCGACGUGCCGACCUCUGCGAGGUCGAGUAAGAAGUCUUCGGGCAAGAGUCCGAUCGCUCCUGUUACUCCCAGGCGGAGUACGAGGCUUUCGAGCAAGGGGCCGUUGUAG